GAUCUCUCUCUCUCUCUCUCUCUCUCUCUCUCUCUCUUUUGUGUUCUACUGCAUUGCAGUUUAAACCCGGUGCAAAGCGAAAGAGAGCAGCUCGCGCGCCGUGCAGCAUCUAAAUGAACCGGAGAGAAAAAACCGGUACCGAGUGGAUCAUCUUUUUAUUACAGAUUGGAUCUUCACUAACGAGGAUGUGUUUUUGUCUUAAUGCGUUCAUCUCGCACGUGCAGACGUGACUGGAGCAACUAAGGAAGUGCAAGAUCAUCUAAAAAAGAGAAACACACACACACACAAGCAGGGACUAAAAAUUAUUACUGGAACUGGAGCACGAGGAAACUGCAGAGAGAUAAAGAAAGAAAGAAGGAAAGAGAAAGAGAGCCAUGGGGAGCUUGAGCGUUGGCGCAGUGAACACGCAGCUCGGCUGCUACCUCGUGCUCGUGCUGCAGAUGCUGACUCAGGUCGAUUCAGCGCUGCGUUACCGGGUCGCUGAAGAAGGUCCGGCGGAUGUGCGCAUCGGCAACGUGGCCAACGACCUCCGGCUCGUGACGUCCAACAUUGGUACAGGCGAAGUGACUUUUGCACUGGAAUCCGGUGCAGAAUACUUCAAGAUAGAUAACGUGACAGGUGAGCUGACCACCAGCGCCCGGCGUAUAGACCGUGAGAAGUUACCUCAGUGUGCCAUGAUAUUUGACGAGAACGAGUGUUUCUUGGACUUUGAAGUUUCAGUGAUUGGGCCACUCCAAAGCUGGGUGGAUCUUUUUGAAGGCCGUGUCGUUGUCACCGACAUCAACGAUAACACACCGUCGUUCCCAUCUCCCAUGCUAACUUUGUCUGUGGAGGAAAACAGACCGAUUGGAACACUUUAUCUUCUGCCCACAGCUACGGACCGUGACUUCGGACGCAACGGUAUCGACCGCUAUGAGCUUGUGCACCAGGAUGUUGUUUCCGGGUCACGCAGACCCAAUCCCAGCAUGGCUACAGGAACCGAAAGGAAUGGCGGCGGUGAGAGGAGGCGUGUUCAAGAAUCUGGGCCUACACAAAAUGGGCGGAGCAACAGUGUGUUUGAGCUGCAAGUUGCUGAUACACCUGAUGGACAGAAACAGCCACAGUUGAUUGUAAAAGGACCGCUGGAUCGAGAGGCACGUGAUUCCUAUGAGCUAAUUCUCCGAGUACGAGAUGGUGGAAAUCCACCACGUUCUUCUCAAGCACUGCUCCGUAUCUCUAUUACCGACGUCAAUGACAACAAUCCACGAUUUGAAAGGGCUGUUUAUGAAGCCGAAAUGGCUGAAAACACACCUCCAGGAACUCCUGUGCUUCAGGUCCGAGCUUCAGAUCGUGAUGUUGGCGUAAACGGACAGGUGGAAUAUGUUUUUGGUGCCGCAACAGAAUCUGUACGCCGGCUACUUCGCCUUGAUGAGGCCUCAGGUUGGCUCAGUGUGUUGCACCGUAUUGACCGGGAGGAAGUUUCCCAACUUCGUUUUACAGUAACCGCAAAAGAUAGAGGCCAACCACCUCGCACGGACCGUGCCACAGUCAUACUCAACGUACGAGACGAAAAUGACAAUGUUCCUGUUAUUGAUAUCCGCAAAAUCGGACGCAUCCUUGUAAGAGACGGAGCUGCUAUGGUGCCUGAGAACGUUCUAGUGGACACUCCUGUAGCAUUGGUCCAAGUUUCUGAUCGUGAUCAAGGGGAGAAUGGUGCUGUGACCUGCACAGUGGUGGGAGACGUCCCGUUUACGCUAAAACCUGCAGGAGAAAAUGCGUUAGCUCCUCCUCCAGCUGUUGACGAUGCCUUCGAACGAAACAAAAAGAAGUUUUUCCUGCACACCUCGGCACUUUUGGACUAUGAAACCACUAGGGAUUAUUCAGUCACGAUUGUUGCGGUGGAUUCAGGAAGUCCAAGUUUGUCUGUUAACAGCACUUUGAUGGUGCGAGUAGUGGAUAUAAAUGAUCACGCUCCGACAUUCGCUCAAAAUCUUGUGGAAGUUCAUUUUGCUGAAAACAACACACCUGGGGAGCGAGUGGUCACUGUGGUGGCAUCCGAUGCCGACAGCGGCAAAAAUGCAGAAAUUGCAUAUUCCCUGGACCUGUCUGUGAACGGUACUUUUUACAUAGACACUGAUAACGGAGAUAUACGUGCGAGUGGAGUGUUAGAUCGAGAACAACGUGACAGAUACGAGUUUCGUGUAAUCGCCCGAGACAAGGGCACGCCGUCUUUACAAGGUUCUACAACCGUGGUUGUCCAGAUAACGGAUAGGAAUGACAACGCUCCAAAGUUCGUCCAGGACGUCUUCAUGUUCUAUGUCAAAGAGAACUUGCUUUCCAACAGCCCCGUUGGCAUGUUGACUGUUACUGACGCAGACGGUGGAGAGAAUGCGGAGUUGAGCUUGUUCGUAGAGGAAGACGAUGACGAAGAAGAAAAUGAAACAGGAAGUAGGAAGCAGGAAACCGUAACCAAGACGUUCUCUAUUGAGAAUAACACCGGAACCAUCUUUUCUGCAUUGUCGUUUGACCGUGAGCGCAGAAGCACGUAUAAAUUUCGUGUUCGGGCCAUAGACGGAGGUGACCCGCCCCGGUCCGCGACUGCGACGGUCUCUCUCUAUGUAACAGAUGAAAACGACAAUGCUCCAUACAUCCUUGCGCCAUCAAAUGACUCAUACACUCUCCUAACCCCCUCGAGCGGCGCCCGAACUGUCGUGAGAACCGUGACAGCCUCGGACAGCGAUGCCGGGUCGAACGCAGACCUCCGCUAUGCUCUGAUUGGUGGAAACCCCUUCCAUCUGUUUGAGAUCGGCACAAGCAGCGGCGUCAUCACGCUAACCGAGCCGCUGGAGAGACGACACCGAGGACUCCACCGCCUGGUGGUACGAGUGAACGACAGUGGAGUUCCCUCACUGUGUGCCACUGCGCUCGUUCACGUCUUUGUUAAUGAGAGUCUCACCAACGCCACCCUGGUGGAAGCUCAGGUGGCACGCAGUUUGGGUGUCCCCCUGUCCCUGGACAUUGCAGGAGACCCUGAUAAUGACAGGAUUCUGGGUAAGCAGCGUCUCAGCGUGGCGAUCGGCGUGCUGUCUGGUGCAGCUGCUGUGGUUCUCAUCAUCCUGUUAGUUCUAACGGCGCGUCAGUGUGGAGCGCUCGGGAAGAACGGCUAUGAGGCCGGAAAGAAAGAACCUGAGGAGGACUUCUUCACGCCCCGCCCACCAUCACAACCACCACCCGAGAAAAAAAAGCGCCGCGAUACAGACAAACGUGAUGUCCGGUCCAAAUCUGAGCGCUCGCUCUAUGCUGGGAUCGUCACGGUGAACAGCUGCAGACGCACCGAUGAAGAAGAAGAGGAGGAAGAGGAAGUAGAGGAGGAGCAGGAAGUGAGUCAACGCAUUGGGACUAGGCGUCACCGCUCCAGUCCUGACUUGGCACGUCAUUACAAAUCAAGCUCUCCGUUACCUGCUGUCCAUCUGCAGCCCAACUCGCCACCAGUGGAGGGGAAGAAGCACCAGGCAGUGCAGGAUCUUCCUCCCACCAACACCUUCACAGGAAAUGGGAACGGGAACGCUGAUGCCAUGUCACUUAGCUCCGACCACUGCUCUGACUACAGCUGCCACAACACCAAGUACAGCAAACAGCCAUUACGCAGGGUGACGUUCUCCGUGGCGACAGAUGCUGGUUGCUAUGACAGUGGGGUGGACGAGUCAGAGACACCGAGCAGUAAGAGCAGUAAGAUAGGCGUUCUGUCUCUUCCGGAAGAUGGAUACGAGAGAACAACACCUGAGGGGAGUGUGGGGGAGGAGGAACACGUGGAGAACGACUCGAGGCAGCUCCCUGAUGUGGCUUUGACAGGAAAAUGUACUCGUGACUGUGGUGAGUAUGGCCACUCUGACACCUGCUGGAUGCCGGUGCAGCCAUCACCACGGAGACACCAAGGCAAUGGAGCACCACGGCAACGCAUGUCCAGCUUCACAUCAGCAGGCGACGACAACAACAAUCACGACAACAGCGAUCAAGAGGAAGAAGAAGUAGAGGAGGAUGACGGCUCAGACCAAGGCAGUGGAGGGGGCGGAGCCAAUGAUACACGCAGUCCUCUGGCUAAUGGAGAUCCACUUGCCAGCCGUCGCCACGGAGACCGCAACAGGAACAUAGGAGAUCACAAUCGAAAUCUGCUGAACCGCAAGAUGACAUCAGCAUCCUAUGACACCUUUAGCAGCGCUAGGUUUGGAGGUCAAUGCCAUGGCGACGACUCAGAGGUGCCCCGCCCACACGAGGUUAUUCCACUGACCCGGGCAGGGGGCGGAGACUUCAAAACAACAUCAUGCCUGACACUAUCACGCAGGGAGGUCUAUCUGUAAGGAGCACCUAAGACACAAAUUCAAACCUGAGACACAAACUCACACCUGAGACACGAACACAGACUUCCAACUGAGACACGAAUUUGCACCUGAGAUAAAAACUCAGCUAACCUUUGUAUUUGCAUUGAGGUCUUAUUUGAACCCUGAGAUCAAACAGGAAGUUCCAAGAAAGCAUCUGAGCUACAAACCUGGACCUGAGAUAUGAAGAUAGCUCUGAGGAAUAUGAGCCUAGCACUGAGCUAAGAAUCUGAACUUUAAAAGAAAAUUUGGUGUCUUAGCUACAAAAUCUGAUCUAAGCAACAAAUUCAGACCUGAGCUACUAGGAUUUGGCUUCAAACCUGAAUUUGGAAUUCACCUCCAAGAUCUGAAAUGUGAAACACCUGAAACUACAAACUCUCCCAUUUCCCCCUGAGAUACAAAGUAUUGAGCUCCUCACACACCACACCUCAAACCUCUCACCUGACUUCCAAAACACAGCUUCCAGUUCUUGCCCGAGUUAUUAAAACACAUCUAAUCUACCAAUUUUCACCUAAGUUACUAAUCCACCUGAGCUACAGAUUCUUACAUGACAUACCAGUAGACCUGCACAGUGAGUUUACAGCAUGAACUCAGCUGAGCUACCAGAUCUCGCCUGGGCUUCCUGUCCUCACCUGACCAGAUCUCACCUGGGCUUCCUGUCCUCACCUGACCAGAUCUCACCUGGGCUUUCUGUCCUCACCUGACCAGAUCUUGCCUGGGCUUCCUGUCCUCACCUGACCAGAUCUCGCCUGGGCUUCCUGUCCUCACCUGACCAGUUAUUUCCAGGGCUACCAGUCCUCACUUGAACAGGUAUUACCUGACCUACCAAUUCUCACCUGGCCUACCAGUUAUCAACUGGGCUACCAGUAUAAACUUGAGGUCCACAUUUGAGCUACUUGAACUGUGAAUUCUACCCUGAGCUACCAGGUCUUUUCUGCACAAUGAGUUUGUACCUGAGCCACAAACUCAAACCUGGAGUGAGAUUCAUCUCCUGCUCAGGAUGAGUUUCAGGAACUUCUGGACUUUUGCUCUGGAACUGAAUGUUUCUCAUUCCAUUAUUUCUGUGGAUGAAAAACGAAAGCUGAGCUGAGGAUCCGUACCGAAUCGUCUCACAGACGAGCUGCGAACUGUUGAAGAAAAACUGUUGAACAUUGCAUGUUUGAUCUGCAGAUGGGAAAAAAUCUGAAAACUAGAGGAUGUGAAACGAGUUUAUAAACUGAAUUAGGGCUCUUUAAAAGGCGUUAAAAGUAACAAGCUGCAUGUUGGGUCUCCUGGGGGAGCUGUGAAGAAAGAGAGAGAGACAGAGAGAGAGAGAGAGAGGGAGAGAGAGAGAGUGCUUCAACAGACCUGACCAUGGUGGACCUGGUGGACGUGGUGGUCUCCUCUGACGUCAUCAAGAACUAAGAAUUACAGCGCUAAGCUAACUUUAGUUUUCUGAGUGACUGUAGGUAUCUAACUGACAUCUGCAAUGCUAAUUAGGGAUCUGUAUUUAUCACCUCAUUUCAGUGAGCUGUCAUCCAGCUAGCUGUUCAUAUUUAGCUAAUAUAAUCUGAUUACAUCAUGAAGCUAGUUUAAGAUUCCUAGUUUUAACAAAAAAUAAAACAUUUAGACAUGUGUGUGAUUUCAGCCAGUGAACAGCAUUUCUUAUGUCAGAAGGACCACUGCACACAUCCUGAUUUUGACUGACAGGUGUCUAUGGAUCACUGUGGGUGGAUCUUAGGUUAAAUGUGGUAGACAGUCAACCAAUCACAGACUUCAUGAGGUGUUAGCAUAAGACUUUUAGUUCAACAGAGCAAUCGCUAAGCUUCCUUCAUGCAGCACAGCGCUAAUGUUAGCUAAUCAGUGGAAGUUAGUUAGCUUUCAAAAACUAGUGUAGCGUGAAAAGUAAAUAAUUGAGCAUGCUAAAUGAUCCUGAGGUUUCCAUGAAGUUUGCAAACGGCAGAACAAGUUUAUAUUAAGCUCCGCCCCUGCUGACCCAAGGGCACCUGUUGCUGAGAGAAUUCAGGACAUGUGACCGCGCAGCCAAUCAGAGACGUGAAGUGUGAAGUUAAAAAAAAAGUUAAAACAAUCAUUUAGCACUUAACCAAUCAAAUGUAAGUAUUCAAAUGCUCUUCAAAUCAUCUUUUAUAAAAUCAGUAGACAAACGAGGAUCAAAAUACAGUAUUUUUCUUCCGUUUCUUUAUUUCAUGGAUGACGAACAUAAAACUGGGAGAUUUCACUGGACGAUGUUCGUAAAAAGACUGAAAAAAAAAACACAACAAAACAGAGAAACAAAACGGAGUGAAAAAGGAACUGUAAUUUCUUCAUUAGCCACGUUUUCUUCAACAACAACUACAACACACACACACACACACACACACACUACAUAUUAGCCAUUGUAAGAGGAAUUAGCUGUAGCAUUUUGCCUGCUUAAUCUUCACACAUUAUUGGACUAUAAACUAAUCCUCCAUUUAAGUGCAUACAGAGUUUCAGGGCAUUAAAUAUUAAAACAUUACGAUAACAAAAUUCAUCUGUUUUUUUUUUUGUUUGUUGGUUUUUAUUUUUUUUAAUGUAGGUAAACCAAAUUUCUGUAAAGAUGACACUGCAUGCUUGUAAGCUAACGCUAAUUUUAAUAGAAAAAAUAGAUCCAAAAGGGAUUUAAUCUCUUUAAAAAAAAAGUGUGUGUGUGUCCAGGUACAGGAUCUCCAAAUCACUCUUUUUAUUUUAUUAUAAAUAACAGCUUAAUUUCAUGAUGUAUUUUCAUCAUAAAUCAUGUUUUUAACUGACCAAUCACAAGCCCCACCCCUUUCACAAUCACAAGCCCCGCCCUGUUUCCCUAAUAACAGUCUCUGAAAUCAGAACCGUCAGAUUCACGGUUCUACAUAACAGGGACAGACUGGAAAGUGCUUUGUGUCCUAGAUUCCUCCAGCUUUCUGGAUAAUUCAGGGUUCUUCAAACUGGUGAAGAAAUUUAGAUUUCAUAAAGAAGUUCUACUUGGAGCCUUUGGUGGUUCCACAAUGUUCUGCAGAAAUUCCCCCAAACUUUACCCCUUGGGGUUUUGAUCCCUGCCUCAGCCCUGAGUGUGUGGAGUUUCAUCUUCUCCCCAUUCUUUCCUCCUGGUUCUUCAAUUUUCUCCUCCAGUACAAAGACAUGUGUUACAGGCUGCGUGGGCGUGGCUCAGAAUCAGUCAAGUUGAUGUAGAUGUGUCGGUGUCAGUCAGUUGAUGUAUGAGUGGGCGGGGCUUAGGGUAGGUCAGUUGAUUUAUCACUAACAUGUUGCUUAUUUCAGACUUUUUUCCAGUUUUCUUUUUAUUUUUCUUGCUCUCUUUUGUCUUCUCUUUUAUUUAACUGCUUUUGCAAAAUUUCUAUUCAUUGCCAUAUGAAGAACAAGUUCAUCCAGCACCUUAAAGGAUUCUUUGCUUUGUUCCUAAGUAGAACCUUGUGAAGAACCCUGAUGGAACAUGUUCUUCUGAGUGUAAAGUUUGGGUCUAAUUUGAGAGGUUAAAGGAACAGUUCAGUCAGUAACUGCUAGGUUAAUGCUAACAAGUUGCAGCAGUUUAUGGCCACCAUUUUAGUGACAUGGUUUCUGAAUCUCAAACACAGACAGAAGGAUAAAGUCACAGAGAGAAAUGAACUUUCUUCCUCAGCACACAGUCUGGUGUCACUCCACACCAGUGUCACACUCAGGUAUGGGCGCGGCCUAAAAUCUGAGGGCGGAGCUUGUGUUGAUGAAUCUGCCUGUUUGUUGUUAGUGUUACAGAACCAUCUGAAGACUCCUGAGACGAGUGUGGGAUUUAAACAAGCUGCUUAAAAAGCGAUCUUGUUAGCAUCAUUAGCAUUAGCCUGAUAGCUUUAGUGGAACCGAACAUUCGGCUGAUGGAUUACGUUUAGAGGAACGGAGAGCUUCAUUUUUUUACAGAAUUGUUCCUUUCACCUCAGUUCUGUCAUUGUUUCUUUUAUUUUGAGCUUCAGACUGGACUCUGGAGAUCCAAAGCCAAAAAAUGGUCGAUACUUUCGUUAAAAAAACCUAAACUAAAAUAUGACUGUGUGUGUGUUCUAUCUAGGUUAAAACCUGCUGUUCUAGAGCAGUGUGUAAUUAUUCCUGUACAGUUCAGGGUGUACAUGAACUCCUCUGUAUCUUCUCCUUUUUCUAAUGCACGUUUCUCUUUAACUGAUUCAUUAAUCAUCUCCAAGCUUUUUUUAACCAGCACUCUUCUCACGUACCGUCACACACGGAGAGACGGCCAUGAACUUUAACCUGAACGGCAUGCUAACGGCGUUUAUUCUGCACUAAAUGAGGAACAUGUAUUUCUUACUUUGCUUUCAUGUGAUGAAUCGAUGAGUUGAUGAAUCAAUGAAUCGAGGAGUCAGUGAAUCGGUUCGCUUUGUGUUUGUGAUGAGAAACACUGAAUGAGGGCUCUGGAGCCGUUUGGUAUGUUACAGUUAUGUACAAGUUUGACUUUUUGACAUUAAAAUCUCUUUCAAACUUCUUAUGGAA